UCUGAGGUCGCAGUCCUCCCGUCUGUGUAUCGGCAAUGCUCGUGUAGUGUAUGUGACUGUAUGUUGAGGGGCUGAACUCAAAGUCCCCCGUGGUCGUCCUGACUGAGAGCAAAGGGAGGCUGUCGAUUUCCCCAAGAGACCCCAUUGCAGGUGGUGUGUGAGCAGUGAGGGGAAAAGUUUAUGACAGCUCUGCUGUUUUCGGUUCUCGGCUGCCCCAUGGAGCUUUUUGAUUUUACGGAUGCAGCUACCGACUUUUUACCAGGCUGUCUGACUCAGUAAUGCUGCACUUGUAUCGGACAGAGUCACGUUCGGGAUUGAAUCUUGGGUCACAGUGAAUCCACGUAUUGGAUUGGUUUUUGAAAAAUUUCCACUUCAUUUCUGUGGACGUUUCUGGAUAGCAGUUCUCAAGGGAGGUUUUCCGGAUUGGCGAUGGAAGAGCAGGCUGGCAGCGCGGGCAACAGCCCUCAACACGGGCGUGGGUCGGCCAGGCAGGACGUCCUGCGACGCGGUUGGCUCCGGAAGCAAGGAGGUUUCGUGAAGACCUGGCACACGCGUUGGUUCGUCCUCCGAGGAGACCAGCUGCACUACUACAAGGACGAGGACGAGACCAAGGCUUUGGGCACCAUUUCCCUACCUGGCAACAGAGUCACCGAACAUCCCAGCAAUGGGGAGGAGAGCGGAAAGUUCCUAUUUGAAGUCAUCCCAGGGGGCGACAGGGAGCGAAUGACAUCCAACCAUGAGACGUACCUUCUUAUGGCCAGCACACAGAAUGACAUGGAGGAUUGGGUGAAGACCAUCCGCAGGGUGAUAUGGGCUCCGUUUGGAGGAGGAAUCUUUGGUCAGAAGUUGGAAGAGACAGUUCGAUACGAACGACGUUAUGGCAACAAAAUGGCUCCCAUGCUGGUGGAGCAGUGCGUGGACUUCAUCCGCUGCUGGGGUCUACGAGAGGAAGGGCUCUUCCGUUUGCCUGGACAAGCCAACCUCGUCAAAGAGCUUCAGGAUGCUUUCGACUGUGGGGAGAAGCCGUCUUUCGACUGUAACACAGACGUUCACACCGUGGCAUCCUUGUUGAAGCUGUACUUGAGAGAGCUGCCUGAGCCGGUCAUCCCGUUCUGUAAAUAUGAAGAGUUUCUGGCCUGCACCAAACUCCUCAGCAAAGACCAGGAUGAAGGAAUGAAGGAAUUAAAAGGGCAAGUAGAAGGUCUACCUCUGGUGAACUACAAUCUGCUUAAAUACAUAUGCAAGUUUUUGGAUGAAGUUCAGUCUUACUCGGGUGUGAAUAAAAUGAGCGUACAAAAUCUGGCUACGGUCUUUGGGCCAAAUAUUCUGAGGCCAAAGGUUGAGGACCCGGUGACUAUAAUGGAAGGCACAGUACUGGUCCAGCAGUUGAUGGCCGUUCUGAUCGGCCGGCAUGAUGUUCUUUUCCCACCCGAAGAGGACCAUACUUGCACCCUGGAACUGGUUAAUAAUAACAACAAUGAGACACAGAAACGGCCUACAAAUGGUCAGCUACAAAACAAAGAGAACAAUAACACCAGUGGGGUGCGACAAUGCACCUGGGACGCACCCGAUUCACCCACCCGGGCUCCUCUGGACAAUGGCUCUCCCCGCUCGGGCAGCCCGCGUAACGGUUUUACCGGACAGCGAUUCGAGGUGACCCGCAGCCCGCCACUGGCGGUAAAAAAGAACCCGGCUUUCAGCAAAGGCAGCGGGAUUGUCACUAACGGAUCGUUCAGCUCGUCGUCAUCGUCCUCGUGCGACGCCAAUCAGGAAAAGAGUCAGACUCUACCUAAUAUGGGCACCCUGCAUGCCCGUCGGACGGGUGCGAUAAAGGGCUCGGGCACUAAAAUGGGGGUCCAGAAUGGUGUCGUUCGAAUGGGCAUAUCCAGCACUGACGUGACGAUCGGGACUCUGAAUGGGCGGAAUGGACUCUGGGUGCCCAACGGUCACGUUGCAAUGCGUGAGGUUAAAAGUCGAGACGCCGAGCACCAGCAGAACCGCCUGUCCACAUACGACAACGUCCACAUCCAUCAGCAGCAGACGACACAGCCCAGUCUGAGCAGCAGCUGUGAGGACAAACAGAGCGUGGAUAGCGCCACAUGGUCCACCUCGUCUUGCGAGAUCUCCCUACCGGAAAACUCGACCUCCUGCCGCUCCUCUACGACCACGUGCCCAGAGCAGGACUUCUUCGGCAACAACUUCGAGGACCCUUUGUUGGACGGGCCAGGACAGGAGGAUAACAGACUGGUGGCGGACGAAAAGGAGCAGCGGAGCAGUGUGGGAGGAGGCCGGGGAAGCAGAGGAACCAGCAGCAGCGAUAACAGUGAAACGUUUGCCAUCACAAAUGGACCGACCAACCACAGUGCACUACACAGCCUGGUGGCCAGCCUCAAACAGGAAAUGCUCAAGCAGAAGAAUGAAUACGAAGCCAGGAUCAAGAGUCUGGAGCAUCGCAAUGUAGAGUUGGAGACAGUGAUGGCGAAUCUACAUGAAGAGCUGGACCAAGAGAAGAAGAAAUACACCAUGGUGGAGAUCAAGCUGAGGAACGCCGAGCGAGCCAAGGACGAUGCAGAAAAGAGAAACGAGAUGUUGCAGAAAGAGAUGGAGCAGUUCUUCUCCACCUUCGGAGACCUGACCGCAGACCCGCGACGGCCCGACAGAGCCAACACCAUCUGGAUCCAGUGAGUCUUUUCAUGUUGAGGACAGUCUAUUAUUAACAUUACACUGUGUGGGCUGUUCUCAGACAG